AUGGCCACCACUGUACUAAACACACCACCUGGGUUUUGUGCGCCGGCGGCGGCGUUUUCCGGCGCUUCCUCCUUCAAACCUGUAGUAAAUUCUACCAGCGUUUCAUUUUCACCCAACAGGCUUCCAGUGAUAAGGUGUCGGAUUUACAGCACGGGCUACAAGAGGAAGUUACCCAUCCGCCAGGUUCCAAAAUUCGUGACCUUUGCGGCCGAAGGUGAAACUGUGGAGGUCCAGACGGAAACCCAAGAGAAAGACCCGGUUGAAGGAGUCGAACCCGGAAAUGAGGUGAACAACACAGAUGGUGCAGUUGACGCUGAUUCUUCUAGUGAGAGUGAAAACACAGUUCUUGAAGAACAUAGCUCUGUGGUUAUAUCUUCUUUAAAUCUGUACAAAGAAGCUCUAGUAAAUAACAAUGACUCGAAAAUCACUGAGGUGGAAUUAUUUCUCAAAUCCAUUGAAGAUGAGAAAAUCGAUCUUCAGAAGAAGGUGGCCCAGCUAACCGAAGAACUAUCGUACGAGAAAGAUCGGGUCCUUAGGAUCAGUGCUGAUUUUGACAAUUUCCGUAAAAGGACAGAGAGGGAGCGCCUUUCGCUAGUUUCAAAUGCGCGAGGAGAAGUUGUUGAAAAUCUCUUGCCCGUUUUAGAUAAUUUCGAGAGAGCCAAAACUCAGAUCAAACUGGCAACUGAAGGGGAAGAAAAAGUUAGCAACAGUUACCAGAGCAUAUACAAGCAGUUUGUGGAGGUUUUGGGGUCUCUUGGAGUGGUCCCUGUGGAGACAGUGGGAAAGCCAUUUGAUCCCAUGCUACACGAAGCCAUAAUGCGUGAAGAUUCGACCGAGUACGAAGAUGGCGUUGUUAUUGAAGAAUACAGAAAAGGAUUUCAACUCGGCGAAAGACUGUUACGCCCAUCAAUGGUGAAGGUCUCAGCUGGGCCCGGGCCUGUCGAAAAUGGCUGCCCAGAGGAAGCCAAUGAGAACAACAAUGAUCAAGAGGAUAGCCCAGACACCACAACUGCCUGA